GGGUCACUACCGAAUCCGAGUCCACGAGGAUAAAGUAUGCCCGUUUCAAAAAGACAAAAAACCAAGCUUUCCAGAGAAACUGAAAAUGGCGGCAACCAGCGACGAAGAAAUGGAAUCCCUACUCCGGAACUUCGACCACAUCUACCAGGAAUACAAAGGUGGGAUUGCAGAGCUUCAAUUGCUGAAGUCAAGCUAUGAUGUUGAAAUUAGAAGGCGUGAAGCUCUUGAAAUUACGUGCAGCAAUCUGAGGACAGAUAAUGAACGUCUAACAAAGAUGUACACCGAGUCUUUAACUAAACUUGCUAAUCAGUUAGAGCGUCGUGCAAAGUGCCGAAAUUUGGAAGAAGAGCUGAAAAAGGUCAACGACGAACAUCUCCACAAGGAAGAUGAAUAUAAGAAAGCGAUGGAAAUGCUUAAACACAAUCACGCAUUCAAGACUGCAGAGCUAGAGGAGAAAAUAAGAUGUUGUCUACUUCAAAAACAAGCAAAUGAAGUUACAAUAAACCAACUCCGGCAGGACUCGUCUGCAUGCAAGAGCCAAAUAGAUAUCCUAACCAACAGCUUGGAAAAAGUUAAUGUUGAUGUAGAGUUAAAGUAUCAUCAUGAGAUACAAGAUUUGAAGGAUUGUCUCCUGGUUGAACAAGAAGAGAAACGUGAAUUGAUCAAGAAGCUCCAAAUUGCAGAAAAAGAAUUGAUGAUUUGCAAAAUGAAACAGGCGGACCAGCAGCGGGAAUCGACUUCGAACCGUCAUGUGGAGACAUUGAAGCAGAAGAUAAUGAAACUGAGGAAGGAGAACGAGGUGUUGAAGAGGCAGCUGCUCGUCCCGCAAUUCGAAGAUAUGUAAUGGGAUUUUCAAAUUUCUCAGCUUGUGCUUGGUAAGGAUUACAUAAACAGCUUCUUGGAAGUUUCAAAAAACAUAUCGCGGCAGUUCAGAAGUUUCAA